UCCAAGAUUCUAGAACGAUCUGCCAUGUGAACCCACCACCAAAACUCCGGCAAUAGCUAUCUGAAAUCAAACUAUCGCCUCCUCUGUUUCCCACCGAAGCUCUAUCAGAAAAACCCAGCAACUAAUUCAUCGUUGAUGCCGCCGUGAAUCACCGCUGACCACCGUCCACCGAAUCACCACCCAGUAAUCACCCAUCUCAAUCAUAUCUUUGAAACGGAGCUUCUUCCAUUAAUUUUGCCUUUUGCUUAAUAUUUGUGGGUUGCAACUGGAUUCCACCUUUUCACACUCCUCCCCGACUUGCCCAUUGAUCCUUCUUCUUUUGUUGGCCUCUGUUCUUAUCUUCUUUUUCAAUUUUGUAUCUUUGUUCGCUCUAUGUCUAGGCUCGCCUUCUUACGAUCACAUCUGUGUUUCCGCCCUCUCACCACCUGCUUUCGGAAAGCAUUUAUUUUAUUCCCAUGUUCCUAUUGGAUUUAUCGAUUGCAGCGGCUUGUAAUUGUUGGUUGUUGCCACUUAUGCUACAUAAGAAAAAGUAGUUCCAAAGACGAGACAAAGCCCAAAGAAGCAGAAGAGGCUUCAUAUAGCAAAAAUGAAGUGCCGGAUAAUUGAUAUGUAUUUCUACUGCAGGCAAGGAAAAUUAUUGUCAGCCUACUAAAGACAUUCAUAAAGGAGAGGAGCUUUCAAGCAAACUCAACACAAUAUGCUUGGUUACCUGAUGAAUGAAGAAGCAAAUAGGUACAAAUUAACAAAUGAUGAGAUGAUUGAUUUAAUCAUAACCAUUUUGUACUGUUUCCACUACUUCUGUGAUGGCUGUCAAAUAUCUUCAUGAUCAUCCAAAAGUUCUUGAAGAACAAAGAAAAGAACACAUGGCAAUUAGAGAAAAGAAAAAGCAUGAGGAUCCUAUUGAUUACAAUGAUUACAAGGCGAUGCGGUUCACACUUGAUUUUAGAGACCUCCAGUGUUCUGAAUUACUGUGAUGCAGAUAGGAAGAUUCAUAUUCUUACAUUACUAGAACGACUCCAGAACCACAUUCUUAUUUCAAUUUUCAGCUUAAUUAAACCAGUACCAGAGUCAGGAUGCUUCAAGGAAGAAAACAAGGAAAUAGACAAGUCAUUCUAUGAGGAUCUGAUGGAGGUGUUGCAAGCUCCAGCCAGAAAGUAUUUGUUCUCAAGAAAAGAAACUACUUCACCAAGUCUGACUACUUGCCAAAUAUAUAAAUCAAGAGGAAUAGUCUCUAACUUUGGAUGGAAAAAUAAUGAUCUUGCCAGGAUCAACAGUUAGUGAUGGCUCUACCAUUAAUUGGUGAGCCUGCAUUAAGAUUCCUGAUUUUGUCAUACAAAAAAAGGGCGAUGAUAAAAGAAUCCCAAUUCUCCAGAGCCCCGAGUAUGUAUCGGCUAAGGAUAAGUUUUGUCAACGGAUUAAUGUGACUAAAAAUUGCACGCAAGGAGGUCUCCAGAAUCAAAUUCUCCGGAAAGGAUGAGUCUUGAAGUUGAAGGCGUGCGACGGAACUCAUCUGAGAAUCAUUAUUGUGGCUCAUGCUGCUAUGGCUGCAGAAGAGGUGAAAAUAAAGAACUGAUUCAACUUGGCUGGUGGGUGCUGUAGACUGCUGAGAGUGAUUACAACAGGACGCAAAGCUGAGAGAUUCAUACUAGAAAAAAACCACUCUGGGAAAGAGAAAAAAUGUUUUUUUUGUUGUUUCUCCUAACAGACUAAAUAUCAACUUAUUUGUUUGCUCUUUCUUUUAGCGGAGACUUAUCACUUUUACUAUGUGUAUGCAAAAAUGGUGGCUCUCAUAAAUAUGAUCAUGAUGGAAAGUUGAAAUAUGCAAGAAAAUUUCGACCUCUCUAAAGACAGAUUUGUAGCUAUUCAGUUUGCCUUUCCCUUCAAAUUACCAAAAUAAAUUUUACUUUAUAUGCAUUUAUAUAGGGUGACCUUGAAUAGUAUAUUAUCUGUUCAAAUGGUGAAAGUUCUGAAAUUUCGCAUAUAAUU